AUGGCUGACAACAGCUCCCCAGAUUACAAAGGUCUCUUUCUGCAGGCAGAAGAGAGACGGAAGCAGGAAGAGGAGAGACGGAAGCAGGCAGAAGAACGCGAGAGGCAGGAAGCAGAAGGGAGACGGCAAGCAGAAGAGCGCAACCAGCAGACCUCUUUCACCGAGCUCUUAAAGUACUGCCAUGAGGUUCUCUCCCGCCAGUUAAGAGUCGAGACACCGUCUCGCUCAACCACUGGCAAGAUUCCUCUUCCCACUGGAAAAUACUGCCCAACUCGAUUGGAAUUUUAG